UGUGUAUCCGCCACCAAGAAGAAGACAAAGAGGGACAACCUCGAGGCUUUAAGAGAGGAUCAUCGACCUCCUGUUUCUCUCUCUCCCUCCCUCGUCCUCUCUCUGAACUGGCUUUAGAGAGAGAAAGAGGCAUUCUCGAAUAUAGAAUUAAAGGAAACGGUCCUUUUAUCUCUGCGAAACUCCAUUAAUAGAGAGACAGUAGUGGAGAGAGGGCGAGAGAAGGGAAAUGGGUGGGAAGAGAUUCGCUGUUCUUCUUUGCGCAGAGGACUCCGACUACGUGAAGAAGAUGUAUGGAGGGUACUUUGGGGUGUUCGUGGGAAUGCUGGCCGAGGAAGGCGAGACUUGGGACGUGUACCGGGUGGCUUUCGGCGAGUUCCCGGAAGACGAAGAGAUCGCCCUCUUUGACGGGUUUGUGAUCACCGGAAGCUGCAAUGAUGCGCAUGGGAACGACGUUUGGAUCUGUAAGCUCUUGAAUCUGUUGAAGAAAUUGGACUCCAUGAAGAAAAAAGUUCUGGGUAUUUGUUUUGGACACCAGAUACUGGCCCGUGCGUUGGGAGGAAAGACAGGCCGGCACAUGUCAGGGUGGGACAUGGGAGUCACAACCCUCCAUCUAUCAUCGUCCUCGAAGUUCCUUUCAUCUCUAAAACUUCCUCCAACUCUCUCUCUGAUCGAAUGCCAUCGAGAUGAGGUCCGGGAACUUCCUCCCAAGGCUGAGAAGAUUGCAUGGUCUGAUAAGACUGGAAUUGAGAUGUUUAGGUGUGGGAACCAUCUAAUGGGCAUCCAAGGUCACCCUGAGUACACCCAAGACAUUCUUCUGCACCUCGUUGAUCGUCUUCUCCAGCGCGAUAUGAUCACGGAUACUUAUGCUGAGGAGGUGAAAACUAAGGCCGGGGCACGUGAGCCUGAUAGAGAGGCCUGGAAGAGACUGUGCAUUAGCUUUCUCAAGGGUGGAUUAUGACAAUGACGAUCUCAAUAUUAAGAAUAAAAUAAAAUUGUAAAUAUUAACUUAAUGAAGGAUUAGAAAUGUGUGAUUCAUCGGUGAGCUAGAUGCAUUGCUGCAUUAGGAGGCAAGUUUAGCUGUCUUUAAGUUGGCAUUUUUAACUUUUGAGAUAUGAUUAACUGUAAUCCGUAUCGAAAAAGGAAUCUCCAAAGUCAACCAUAUCGAUGAAAUUACCAAAGUUUUCACAA